UGGGCUAAGAAAAGUAAUCAGUGAGAAGCCUUGGCUUUGAAUAAUCUUUAAACUACAAUAAUGUGUGGAAUCUGCGUAUAUUUUAAACAGAGAAUACAAAUAAAUGAUAGCUGUCUUUCGGAAUUUAUCAAGUCAACUCUUGUUAAAAUUUCUUGGAAAUGGCAAAAUGCAGAAUGUUCUUCUUGUGGUGCAAUGAUAUAACCUUGUGUUUGCAGAUGGAGAAGAUAGCUAUUAACCAUACCAUCGACUCAGAGUCGGAGACAAGCUUAUUCUCAAAAUAGCAAAAACACUGUUCUAUUAAAAAAUGGCUCAAGGAUUGGAUCUGACCUGGAUGGUGAUCUCUUUUCUUCUUCUGAUUCAUCUGUCAAGUCAACAAGAAACUAGUUUCAUCUUCAACGGUUUUCGCCAGGGAGAUCUUCACGUUGCUGGGGUUGCUCAGAUCCUUCCCGGUGGACUACUGCAGCUGACCAACACCUCAGAGCAGAAGAUGGGUCAAGCUUUCUUCAAGCAGCCCUUGGAGUUCAACUCAUCUGAAUCUCUCUCCUUCUCAACUCAUUUCGCCUGUGCAAUGGUGCGUAAACCGGGAGUAACCGGAGGAAACGGGAUCGCUUUCUUCCUAUCUCCCACCAUGAACCUUUCGGAGGCAGAUGCAACUCAGUACUUGGGACUUUUCAACACCACGACCAAUAUGUCUCCUUCAUCUCGUAUCUUCGCUGUUGAGCUUGAUACUGUCCAAAGCGCGGAGUUUGAUGACAUCAAUAACAACCAUGUUGGUGUCAACGUGAACAGCCUGACCUCAACCGUAUCUGCUCCAGCUGCUUACUUUUCAGACAAAGAAGGUCGGAGUAAAAGCAUUAAUCUCUUGAGUGGAGAUUCCAUCCAGGUCUGGGUGGACUACGAUGGAAUCAUACUAAACGUUUCACUAGCCCCUCUCCGAGUUCAGAAGCCGAGUCAGAGUCUUAUCUCAACAUCCCUCGAUCUCUCAGCACUUCUCCAAGGCAAAAUGUUUGUCGGACUAUCUGCAGCAACAGGGCAGUUAGCAAACAACCAUUACAUACUCGGUUGGAGUUUCAGCAGAAGCAAACAGUCACUACAAAGCCUAGACAUCUCCAAACUUCCCAAAGUUCCUCACCCCAAGAAAAAACUCUCCCCGGUGCUGAUCCUUCUCUUGAUUGUACUCAUAAUAAUAGUCUUGUUACUCCUCGGAGGAGCUUACCUCUACAGGAGAAACAAGUACGCAGAAGUAAGAGAGGAAUGGGAGAAAGAGUACGGUCCACACCGUUACUCUUACAAAACCAUCUACAAAGCAACAAAAGGGUUCCACAAAGAUGGGUUUCUCGGCAAAGGAGGGUUCGGAGAAGUCUACAAAGGAACUCUCCCUCGCGAAGGAGACAUAGCAGUGAAGAGAUUCUCACACGACGGACAACGAGGGAUGAAGCAGUUCGUGGCAGAGAUAGCAAGCAUGGGGAGAUUAGACCACAGGAACUUAGUCCCGCUCCUCGGCUACUGCAGGAGAAAACGCGAGUUCUUCCUCAUCUCCAAGUACAUGCCCAACGGAAGCCUAGACCAGUUCUUGUUCCGAGGAGGAGAAGAAUCACCAUCUCUCCCUUGGACCAAACGUUAUUGGAUUGUAAAAGGAAUAGCGUCAGCGCUCUGUUACUUACACAGAGAAGCCGCACAAGUUGUUCUCCACAGAGACAUCAAAGCUUCGAACGUGAUGCUCGACUCAGAGUUCAACGGGAAGCUGGGAGACUUCGGUAUGGCUAGGUACCACGACCACGGAGCUAACCCGACCAUGACGGGAGCUGUGGGAACCGUGGGAUACAUGGCUCCGGAGCUGACCUCGAUGGGAGCUUCGACAAGAACCGACGUGUACGCGUUCGGAGCGUUCUUGCUCGAAGUAGCUUGCGGGAGGAGACCCGUGGAGCCUACCGCGGCGGCGGAGAGGCAGUUUCUUGUGAAGUGGGUUUGUGAGUGCUGGAGGAAGAAGGAUAUGCUCAAGGCUCGUGAUCCUAAACUGAGCGGCGAGUCUUAUUCGUCUCGGUCUGUGGAGUUGGUGAUGAAAGUGGGGUUGCUGUGCACGAAUCUUGUACCGGAAGCGAGGCCGGAGAUGGAGAGAGUUGUGCAGUAUCUUGAAGAGCUGGUUCCGUUGCCGGACUUUGAACCGGAGACGCCGGGGAUUGGGGUGCUUAGUUCGGUUAUGGUGGGAGGAAGCUCGUCGGUGGUGGUGUCUAACGGUUCGUGUCCGGCGACGACUGAGUCUAUGUUUAUUACUCACUCGAUUCAGUACGGAGAAGGACGAUGAAAGCACUCUUAAGCUCAAACGUUUGUGUUCUUGUAAUUUUAUUUUAUUUUUGUUUUGAUUUUAAAGUUUGCAAUUAAUAUUUUAUUUAUUGUUAAAAAAUGUUUUAGAGAAUGUAUACAAAUUAAUUUAUGAAUUAGCCUCAGGCAAUUUAUGAUUUAUUGUGUUUGUUGAAUAAGAGUUGGGGUUAAAAUGAUCCGUUUAGAGUUCAGAGUUUUUUUGGCUAAUUUUUAGAAAUUGAGGAUUUAAAUGUCAAUUUCAGUUUAUUCCUUCGUCCUCCUCGUCCCAAAACCUGGUAGUAAAGGUUGUUGUGCACACAGAUGCGCCCCAAGUUGAUAUAUCAAAGCUUCUGAUGCUAUGUUAGAUACUGUGGUUAGGGGAAGGCCGCAUUGACCCCCAGAGCUUGCAACAAUGGCAGCUUCCUGAGCAACCGACACAUGUAUGCUUUUGUGCUUGAAGUAACCUUUGGGAAGAAACAAUCUGUGGAUGCCACUCCACAAACGGUUGGAAAAUGGUUUAGCUCCGAGUUUGAGAGUUGAAUUCUCAGCUGAGGAUUGCCAGAACUGAUUUGUUUGAUGAUUCUUCCUUCGUUAGCAGCUUGCGAGGUUAUGAGAUGCAUCGCUUUGUGUUCAGAGAAGAUCUACACAUCAGAUCCAGACUCUCUGUUUCAUCAUCAGCAAUGGCUCGUUGGCUGCUUCACAUCCUGAUUAUCUCCUCUCUUCAUCUUGUUUCUCUAUCAAGUCAACAAGAGACCAGGUUUGUCUAUGAAGGUUUUAGCUCCCAAGAAGAUCUUUAUCUAGACGCUUCUGCCAAAGUGCUUCCCAAAGGAUUACUGCAGCUGACAAACGAUUCAGAUCAUAAAAUAGGCCGGGCAUUCUACAAGAAACCAAUUCAGUUCAGUUCCUUCUCAACACAUUUCGUGUGUGCUCUGGUGCCUAAGCCAGGUAAAGAAGGCGGCCAUGGUCUUACCUUUUUAGUAUCUUCUUCUCUGGAUUUCUCGCACGCACAAGAUUCAAGAUUCUUGGGGGCUUUCAACGC